UGCCUGAAAUCUAUCAACCAAAGAGUCCGGGAUUGAAGUACCCGACCAAACGCGUUUACUUCGCGAUGUUCCUCAGCACUACAAAUUUUGCGACAAUUAUUUAUUAUUAUUAUUAUUAAUAUCCUCAACUUCUAUAAAGAAAGAAAGAAAAACUUUUAGAUACAAACAAAGAAGACGAGGAAAAACAAUCCCACAAAAACCCCCCCACCAUAUGUCUCUUUCUUCUUCUUCUUUUUUUCAACAAAAGCAAACUGCAGUUAUAAUUCAAGGUUUGCUUUUAGAAUUUUUAUGUGGAAAGGAGGGGGUUUGACUUCAACAUGCCGAAGAUUGGAUCUAAUGUGUUGUGUCAAGGGAUUGAAUUGUAUUAGAUCUUGGUGUUGAGAGUAGUAGACGUGUUUAAGAACGAACUAAGAGUGGGAUUUUAUGGGGAAUACUUGUGUUGGUCCGAACAUCGCCAAGAAUGGAUUUUUCCAAUCGGUUUCAGCUGCAAUGUGGCGGUCUCGAUCCCCGGACGACACGGUUUCUGAACCUACUAAUGGAGAAAGUGUCCAUGAUACGGCAUCUAAGGAACCCGAAUCACCUUUGCCAGUUCAAAACAAACCACCAGAACAAGUGACCAUUCCGAAAACGGAAACUGCAAAGGAUGAAUCCCCCAAAACCAAGAAGCCUCCUUAUAUGAAGAGGGUACCAAGUGCAGGACUCCGAGCUGGUUCGGUGUUGCAAACAAAGACCGGAAAUUUUAAGGAGUUUUACAGUUUGGGAAGGAAACUUGGCCAAGGACAAUUUGGGGUGACAUUUUUGUGUGUGGAGAAGGCAACAGGGAAAGAGUACGCCUGCAAAUCGAUUGCGAAGAGGAAGUUGAUAUCCGAUGAGGAUGUGGAGGAUGUGAGAAGGGAGAUUCAGAUAAUGCACCAUUUGGCAGGGCACCCAAAUGUGAUAUCGAUAAAAGGGGCGUACGAGGAUGCCGUAGCAGUUCAAGUUGUUAUGGAGUUAUGUGCAGGUGGUGAGCUGUUUGACCGGAUAAUCCAGCGUGGGCAUUACACGGAAAGAAAGGCAGCUGCUCUUACUAGGACUAUAGUUGGAGUUGUGGAAGCUUGCCAUUCUUUGGGGGUUAUGCAUCGGGAUCUCAAGCCGGAGAAUUUUCUUUUCGUCAAUCAGGAGGAGGAUGCACUUCUCAAAACUAUUGACUUUGGAUUAUCAAUUUUCUUUAAGCCAGGAGAGAAAUUCAGUGAUGUGGUUGGCAGCCCAUAUUAUGUCGCACCAGAAGUUCUACGCAAGCGCUAUGGUCCAGAAGCAGAUGUUUGGAGUGCUGGAGUGAUUCUUUACAUUCUUCUAAGUGGAGUUCCUCCAUUUUGGGCUGAAAACGAGCAAGGGAUAUUUGAGGAGGUCUUGCACGGAGAGCUAGACUUUUCUUCAGACCCAUGGCCUAGUAUUUCUGAAGGUGCCAAAGAUUUAGUAAGGAAAAUGCUUCUUCGAGACCCGAGAAGGCGGAUAUCUGCACAUGAUGUUUUGUGCCACCCCUGGGUUCAAGUUGAUGGUGUGGCUCCAGACAAACCUCUUGAUUCUGCGGUAUUGAGUCGCUUGAAGCAAUUUUCUGCAAUGAACAAGCUCAAGAAAAUGGCCAUUCGAGUAAUUGCAAAGAGCUUAUCUGAAGAAGAAAUUGCUGGACUAAAAGAAAUGUUCAAGAUGAUAGACACGGACAACAGUGGUCAAAUUACUUUUGAGGAACUUAAGGCUGGAUUCAAAAGAUUUGGUGCUAACCUUAAGGAAUCUGAAAUUUAUGAUUUAAUGCAAGCAGCGGAUGUAGAUAACAGUGGAACAAUUGAUUACGGGGAGUUUGUAGCCGCAACACUCCAUUUGAACAAGAUUGAGAGAGAAGAUCAUUUGUUCGCAGCUUUUUCCUACUUUGAUAAAGAUGGAAGCGGCUACAUCACUCAAGAUGAGCUUCAACAAGCGUGCGAGGAGUUUGGCAUAGAGGAUUUCCGCCUUGAAGAAAUGAUGCAAGAAGUUGAUCAGGACAAUGACGGGCGCAUAGAUUAUAACGAGUUUGUGGCCAUGAUGCAAAAAGGAACUAUUGGUGGCAAUGCUAAGAAGGGCUUACAAAGUACUUUCAGCAUUGGUUUUAGAGAGGGCCGCAAAGUGUAGUUUUCAACAUGUAGUGAAAAGGUUCUUGUUUCUUUUUAUCCUCUUUCAAUUUUUUUGCCUGAUUUUUUUCCACAUGCUUCUUGAGUGAUUAAGAUUGUACAGUAACUAAGGAGCUUAAAAUGCUCAUCUAAGAUAUAGCCAGGC